AUGACUGGAUCGCCAUCCAAUGACUACCAAAGCGGCAUCACGACGCCAACGGAUGCGGACGUGAAAACCUCGUCACCACAGAAGACUGGCUGCUGUGGAGUACACAAACUCGGUCUCAUCUUGAUCAUCAUCGGUGCAUUGAUGACAGUGAUCGCCAUCGUCUACGGAUCAGCACUGCCCCCUGUCAUCAACAAGAAGGUCAAGGAUGGCGUUGUAGUGUGUGAUACCUCGGAUGCUGAAGAGGAAUCGUACUACGACGCGUACGGCGACUGCGAUGACUGCAACCCUUACUAUUACACGCUGCGCAUGUUCAACGCUUCGAAUGCAGAGGCGUAUCUGGCUGGUGAAGACUCCAAGCUGCGCCUCGUGGAGAGUGGACCCUACGUCUUCCGUCGUCGCGAGUUCAAGAUCGACAUCAACUUCCUGGACGACGGGGCUCGAGUGAGCUACAAGUCUUACACUUACCACACCUUCGAGGAAUCGCUGAGUUGCGACGGAUGCUCCGAUUCCGACAAGUUCACGAGUUUCGACGUUGGAUACUUGAAUGUCAUCGCCCAGGCGGGAGGUGAGAAGGCUUUCCUCAUGAAAUUGGCGGCUGGUUCGUUUUCUACUAACGAGACGGUCAUUGAGGAUGCGAUUGAAAACUACGGACCGCAAAUGAUGCGUUGGGUGAAUGGGCUCAACUCACUUGACCCCGUGGCUAUGAACACCGUCGCGAGUGGUGGCACAGUGCUGACCUUCUUGGCUACGGGUCCACAAGCAAUUGCUGACUUGGAUCUGUCCGGGUUCGUCUACAACGGACUCUUCGUCACGCGAACAGUUUCGCAAUGGGCACUAGGCUACCCGAGCUUGCUGGCUGGAUUAGGUCUUGGCAGUGAAUACGUCUCGAGCUGCAAUGUGGCGAAUGGAUGGAACAGCAAAUGUGCGAGUUGUGAGGGGGACGCUUGUCUAGAUAUUUGGUACGAGUGUAAGCAGUGUGCUUUGGGUGCAAGUGUCGUAGCGAUUAACAACGUCACUUGCGGCAUCAUUGAGGAGAUCUACGCCGAGGAGUAUGGUGAGGAAGAAGCAGCUACAUUUAGAGAGAACACUUGCGAUCUGUGUGAAGCUUUCGGUCUCUGCGCUGCUCCUCUCCCUGGUAUUGCGGAGGAUUCGGGACUUGACUACUCCAAGACGCCUCCUUCGGCCGAUAAUCUCGAGACGUACAUCCAGAUCACAGGCUGCAAGGACGACUCCAAGAUCCUCGACUAUGAGGAAUUCAACGGAUACACGUCCACGGCACUGUGGGUCACCACACUUGGUGAGGAACGUCGCAAUCCGACACUGUCGGAGAUCAUCGCGUUCAAUGACUACGGGAACUGCGCCAGCCCCACAGCAAACCUCACAUGCAGUGCCGUUGAAGGGAACGAUGCCACCAGUAUCAAGCCUGGAGGUGCUGGUAUGACAGGCUUUGAAAACACUCUGACGCAAACAUCGUCCGAUAUGUAUCUGGACGAAGGCAAGCAGAAUGUGACACUGUACUCGACCGGACAGGAGGUCGAUCACGAAGGGAUCACUCUUCAUCGCUUCAGUCCACCCAACAAUCUGCUGGUCAACUCGCAAUACAAUAACAUCAAGGGCACAGGAUGGCCGGUGGAUGGAGUGCAGCCACUGGCGUUCUCUGCAGGGUUCUUAGCGUACGUGUCGUAUCCGAUCUACAUCUACGGCAACACGACGCUACUUGAUGCUGUGGAGAUCACUAUGAGCGAUGGCGUGGUGGCGUCUGGAGACUCCAUGUACGACUCGGGUGACUUGAAGCAGGAAUAUAUCGACAAGUACGUGACGUACAUCGACGUGGAGGCUGGCACGGGCAAGACAAUGGUGGCUCACAAGCGACUGAUGGCGUCGUACGCCGUGUCGUACUCGGCUUUGAACGAGUCAGCGCCAAUGUCUGACGUGCUGUGGCCCAAUCUCGAGGCGGAGGUUAUCUUCCCUGCGUAUUGGGGCGAGGAGAGCGCUACGGUUGGCAGCUCGUCGGUGGACUACUACCAUCUCGUUCAGCGUCUGCUCAAGUCGGUCUUGCCUGUGCUAAUAGUCGGCAUCAUCGUUGGACUGGCGCUGGUGGGAGGAGGCUUCUUCCAACGUCGCAGGACUGCGAAGCAGCACGGACACAGGAAGGACCCGACAGGCGAUGUGUGA